GAGCGCGGUUCGCUCCGGGACCGCGGCCACCGACCCGAGCCCCCCCCCCCCCGCGCCGUGUCGGGGAUGUGGGGCACCCUCGCUCGCAGGCACACGGAGAGGGGCGCAAGGACGGCACCGACGCGCCCCCUGGGACCAUGAGUGAGCCCACCCCGCUGGGCGCCGUGACACUGGGGCGCCUCGAUCGCCGCUCGUGGGGGUGGUGCUGCUGAUGUUGAUGGUGGUGGUGGCGAUGAUGGAGGAGAAGGGUUUCAAGGCAGAGCCGGCGUGCGCGGCAGGUAACGAGGAUGAAAAUGACACUCGGAGGGCUAUGCUGAACCUCACGGCGGAUGAAGUCGUAGGAUGCGAACCCGGGAAAGGCUUAAGUUUUAGAAUCCUAGCCGGGUGCCUGCUUUCCCUCCUCAUCCUCUCCACGCUCUUCGGGAACACGCUCGUGUGUGCCGCCGUCAUCAAAUUCCGGCACCUGCGCUCCAAAGUCACCAACUACUUUGUGAUCUCUCUGGCAGUCUCGGACCUCUUCGUGGCCCUGCUGGUGAUGCCGUGGAAGGCGAUCACCGAGGUGGCGGGAUUCUGGCCCUUCGGAGCCUUCUGCAAUGUGUGGGUGGCAUUCGACAUCAUGUGCUCCACUGCCUCCAUCCUCAACCUGUGCGUGAUCAGCGUGGACCGCUACUGGGCGAUCUCCAGCCCGUUCCGCUACGAGCGCAAGAUGACCCAGCGGGUGGCCUUCGUGAUGAUCAGCGUGGCGUGGACACUGUCCGUGCUCAUCUCCUUCAUCCCGGUGCAGCUUAACUGGCACAAAGCUCAGCACGUGCAGCAGACGUGGGAGUUCCACAACGCCAGUGACGGUGGCGACGUGGACGCGAACGUGCCCGAGAACUGCGACUCGAGCCUCAACCGCACCUACGCCAUCUCGUCGUCCCUCAUCAGCUUUUACAUCCCAGUGGCAAUCAUGAUCGUCACCUACACCAAGAUAUACCGCAUCGCGCAGAGGCAAAUCCGCCGCAUUGCCUCACUGGAGAGGGCCGCCGAGCACGCUCACAAUUGCCAACUCAAUCCGAACGACUGCCCCAACGAGAUGUCGUUCAAGACGUCCUUCAAGAAGGAGACCAAGGUGCUGAAGACGCUCUCGGUCAUCAUGGGAGUGUUUGUGUUCUGCUGGCUCCCGUUUUUCAUCCUGAACUGCGUGGUGCCCUUCUGCGACAGCGCAGGAGUCGAGGGGGAUGACGAGCAACAGCAGCAGCAGCAGCACCCGCUGUGCGUGAGCGAGACCACGUUCAGUAUCUUCGUAUGGUUCGGCUGGGCCAACUCGUCUCUGAACCCCAUCAUAUACGCCUUCAACGCCGACUUUCGCAAAGCCUUCUCUACCCUGCUUGGGUGCAACACGCUGUGCGCCAGCACGCCGGUCGAGACGGUGAACCUGAGCAACGAGGUCGCCUCCUACCCCCACGACGUGACGAGCAACCACAAGGACGGCGGCGCCAACUACGUGCAGUUCAUCCCGCACGUGGUCAUCGUCAACGACGAUAGCGACGGCGACUUCGACAAAGUUCCCGAGGAGUCGCGGAGCAUGCGGGAGGACAGGUCCGGCAUCGACCACCGGCUGGACUGCGAUGAAGACGUGAGUCUCGAGACCAUCACACCCUUCACUCCCAACGGGGUGCACGAAACGUAGCUCGGACGCAAGCUUGAGCAGAGUGAACAAAACAAGAACUCCCGUGGAACAUUUCACACGAAGGAUAAGACUGCCUUAGGAUCGCUUGACUGAACAAAGAGUCCCUUCAGAAUCAUUACGUUCUGCUUUUAAGAUUGUUGUGUUGAGGAGCUCAAACGUUCAGUGGGGGUGAUAUGCUGCUGUACUAGUAAUAUGUCUUUAACAAGAGCCAGUUAAGUGGGACCACUGUAGCCAGAACUUAUAUUUAAACAGUAUUGGUUCAUUCACCGAUAUUCCAGAACUGCUGCUUUGAAAGACGACUUUUAUUCAGAUAUUGUGAACAGUAUUGAUUCAUAACGUCAUUAUGAAAGUAUUAACGCGUUAUGAGACGUUAAAAACAAACUUUUUUGAAACAGACAUUAACUUUUGUUGUUUUGCUUAAGGUAACAAAAGAAGUUUAGCACUGCCACGCUAAAAGAAUAUAGCUGUAUUCAUGAACAUAUUAGGACAGUGGUUGGAUAUUUAGAAUGUCUUUAGUCAAACUAGAAAUAAAUAAAUACAGUAAUGCACUUUCAUGAUGCCCUGUUUCAGUACCCUGGACAGCUCCAUUUGAGUGUUUCACCCCGUUGAGUAGCAUUUAAUUUAUGUGCCUGAUCAUGCUACAAGUGCAGUGGUUCACUUUAUUAACCCAACAGCAGAAACCAUUUGCUGUGAAAUAUUGCUGUCAACCAUUGUAAUUUUAGAAUUGGCAAUAAAUUUUAAUUUAUUUUGGAAUAACCUCUUGCCCUGUGUUUAUUCUCUUUUUCUCUCUUCUUUAACCUGGCUCAUAUUCUCGGAAAUGUAUUGAACCAUCCUGAAAA